AUGCUCUUUCAGUCCCGUCUACACGGUCGUGCCGACACCAUGCUCGGCGCCCAAUGCUUGUCCUGCAAGAAGCGGCGGGUGCGCUGUGACUCAGUCCAGCCAAGCUGCGGCCCGUGUAAGAAGAAGGGCAUCGACUGCCCAGGCUUCCACAAGCCUCUUGUAUGGAUCAAUCGCGGCACCGCAUCAGAGAAGAGUCAACCGCCCACACCGGCGCGAGCUUGCACCAGCUUCAUUUUCAAAGCCCAGCGUAUUAAGUCAUCCCCCAAAAAAGACACCGACGACGUCCGAAAACAUCCCGAACAUGGUGCCAUUGUCAAGCGCACUCGCUCUUCCAUUCCUCCACCAUGGCCCUGUGCCGACCCCAGGGUGUUGCAGCUUCUCGACGUCGCAAUGUACCAUAAUGAAUUCGUCGCCCCAACUCUAGUCCCCGACCCCGCUUUCGCAACCCUGUUCCACAGCUCGUUGCAAGAAUGGGUUGAAUGCCCUCAAACAAUCCAGGACAUCUGGGUGCUGUUGACCAAGCAGUUCCGCGCCAUCCAGGCAAACAUUACUCCCGACAGCGACAAAGAGAUCUGCCGCUACAGAGACCGCUCCAUCAACGGCCUCAAUCGUCUCCUCGCCAAUCCCGAAACUCAGCUCUGCGAUGAAACACUGGAUGCUAUCAUCAUGCUUCUAAUGGCAGAGGUACAGUCAAAUGCCUCGAGCACCUGGUACCACCAUCUCCACGGCGCUGCCACCAUAGUUGAACUUAGAGGAGGAUGGAAGAAACUCCUGGAUACUCGACAAUGGGAGUCAGAAAUGGUACUCCUGAUGAUUUUCUACGAUGUCAUGAGCAGCACGACGUGCAAUUCACAAUACCUGAACAAGCCUUUAUUUUCGCCAGCCUGGGCAGACUUCGCAGACUUGAAGCCCCGCUGGGACAAGUUCAUUUAUGAUUCUUUCGCCCCCUUGCCCUGGCCGCUUUUCUGGAGCAUGGUCUGCACCAACGACAUCCGAGGCUCCAUGGCCCAUUUCAACUUCAAUUUCUGCGACUCGCACGAUCCCGGAGAGGAAAGAACAGUCUCCGAUUUCCGCCAGAGUGUAAUAGAUAUUUUACAACAGAUCCAUGCUUUCGAUCCAGAGGCCUGGUUCAACAACAUCACCCCUCCCCUUCAACUCCACAACUCGAGAGACUAUCUCACCUUGGUGCACUGUUUCAAAGAUGCCGUCAUGCUCUAUACCAUCCGCACCCUCUUGUUAGAACUAACUUCUCCAUUCCGCCAGUGGCUGUCUUCGCCACUCCCUGAGUCAAUCUUCGGCACAGACAACCCGGAGGACCUGCAUCGCCAAUAUCUACGAGCGUUGCUGAGGCGCUUUGGCUACACUUCUGCAAAAUAUGACGUCUCAGAAGUCGGAUUGUCUGACGGCGGCUACGCUUGGAGUGGCUGCGGCUGGCCGUUGUUCCUUGCGGGCUAUGAACUCGACGAUUGCGCCCCACCUGAGGAAAUGCGCGAGAUGAGAGAAUUCGUCGCCACCAAAUUAAAACAUGUCGCCAUGCGCAUAGGGACAUGGAGCCUGUUUAAUGCCGAAGCCCUGCUUCAGAGAAUAUGGAAGCAACGCGACGAAGGCAAUGGUCCGACUUGGGAAGAGGUUUUCAUGGAAAAGCAAGUUUUGGUUGGAUGA